GAAUUUUAAAAUUUCUUAAUUAUCAUCGCAUUUCUUGUAUUAUUUAUUGUUAUUUCUUACUUCGAUUAGUUGCUGUUAGUAUAAAGUUUUGUGGAAAUUCGUGUUGACUGCCCAGAGUCCACGAAUUUCUUAUCUCUAUUACACCCUUGCGGGAGUGUCGAUAUAUCAGUGUUUCCUGUAGAAAGUGGAGGCUGUAAAGAUGUCUCAAACGCUGACAUUCGGUGACUCAUGCGCUCCAAUCACUUGCCAUGCAUGGAACAAGGAUAGAACUCAAAUCGCGUUCUCUCCUAAUAACAAUGAGGUACAUAUCUACCAGAAAGAGGGCAAUGAUUGGAAGCAAACCAACAACCUCGCCGAACAUGACCUGACGGUCAUGGGCAUUGACUGGGCACCCAACACCAACCGCAUCGUCACCUGCUCUGUCGACCGCAACGCGUACGUGUGGACCCAGGGCGAGGACGGCAAGUGGACCACUACUUUAGUACUUCUCCGCAUCAACCGAGCUGCCACUUGCGUGAAAUGGUCUCCGAUGGAAAAUAAGUUUGCUGUCGGAUCUGGCGCCCGUCUGAUCUCUAUUUGUUACUUUGAGAAGGAAAAUAACUGGUGGGUCUCUAAGCAUAUCAAGAAGCCUAUCCGUUCUACUGUGACUACUCUGGAUUGGCAUCCAAAUAAUAUACUGUUAGUUGCUGGGUCCGCAGAUUUUAAGGUGAGGGUGUUCUCUGCUUAUAUCAAGGACAUUGAAGACCAGCCUGGACCAAAUGUGUGGGGUACUAAGCUGCCUUUAGGCCAGCUUCUUGCGGAGUUCCCUAAUUCUCCUUCGGGCGGCGGCUGGGUCCAUAGCGUAUCCUUUUCUGCUGAUGGCAACAAAGUGGCCUGGGUCGGCCAUGACAGCUCGAUCAACGUUGCUGACGCUAAUCAGAAGAAGGAAGUCAUUAAACUGAAGACUGAAUAUCUGCCAUUCUUGGGAUGCAACUGGGUGACCAACAACUCCCUUGUGGUGGCAGGCCACAGCUGCAUUCCAUUACUCUACUGCCAUGAUGGAAAUGGAUUGAAGUUUGUUGCCAAGCUGGAUAAUACUCAGAGGAAGGAGUCUGGAGGGCUUUCAGCCAUGAAGAAGUUCCAAAGUCUUGACCGGCAGGCCCGGAUUGAGACUAAUGACACUUUCUUGGACUCUAUCCAUCAGAAUGCUAUAACUAGCAUCAAUUUGUACAAGGGCACAAAGGCUAAUGCCAAGAAAUUCAGCACAUCCGGCAUGGACGGACAACUUGUUAUCUGGGAUUUAGAUUCCCUCGAGAGGUCCAUUGAGGGUCUGAAAAUUCAAUAAAACAACACCAGAUUAA